AUGCACUCAACCCCUAAGGCCCCUCCCACAGGUGGUGGGCCCAUGGGAAAGGGUACCCACAUCUUCUCUCCAGGCUGUGUGCCCAGCCAGGCUUCAUGUCUCUACUGGCCUGGCCACCAGCUGCUCGCCAACAUGCCCCACCUCCAGGCUUGUCUCCAGAGUGGGGCCCCGAUGACCUGCGUCCGGCUCAACAGCUCCUGCAGGAAGCCAACACUUCACUGGUCUAAAGCUGUGCUCCUGAACUCUGUGCUGUCCUUUAUCUGUCUGAUCACUGCAGCUCUCAACCUCUUCGUCAUCAUCUCAGUCUCCCAUUUCAGGCAACUCCACACACCCACUAACAUCAUCCUCUUGUCUUUGGCAGUUUCAGACUUCCUUGUUGGUGUUUUUGRUAUGCCUUUAGAAAUCUUUAGAAGUUCAUCCUGUUGGUUACUUGGAGAUAUUAUAUGUGUUUUAUUGUAUUGUAUCAUGUGUCAAAUUAUUUCUACAUCAGUAGGAAACAUUGCUUUUGUAUCAAUUGAUCGCUACAUAGCUAUUUGUGACCCUCUACAUUAUCCCACCAGAAUCACUCUGGUAAAAGUCAAACGCUGUAUUUGUCUGUGUUGGAUUAGUGCUGCUUUCUGCAGCCUUUUUUACAUGAAAGAUGAGCUGAUUCAACCUGGUUGGAGUAGGUCCUGCUUUGGGGAAUGUAAAGUAGUAACAAACUAUAUCAUGGGCACCUUUGACCUAAUUGUGAACUUUAUCUGUCCUGUUAUUGUUAUCAUAGUUCUGUAUAUGAGAGUAUUUGUGGUGGUUGUGUCUCAGGCUCGUGCUAUGCGCUCUCACACCACAGCUGCUGCACUCCAGAAAUCAGGUAUUUUAAAAACAAAGAAAUCUGAGUUCAAAGCAGCCAGGAAUCUUGGUGUUCUUGUAUUUGUGUUUUUAUUAUGUAUUUGUCCAUAUUACUGUGUCUUUUUUGCUGUGAGUGAUGAGCCAGAUGCAUCAUCAAAUGUUUAUACAACAUUUUUGUUCUAUUUAAAUUCCUGUAUAAACCCUGUGAUGUACACACUUUUUUACCCCUGGUUCAGAAAGUCUAUCAAACUCAUUGUCACUCUGCAGAUACUGAGGCCCGGCUCARACUGUAACUCUGGAUACUCAGACUGGAACUCUGGAUACUCAGACUGGAACUCUGGGGACGGAAAUGAUGCGGGACCAGAUGAAGGCGAUGAUGGUGAUGAUGAAGAUGAUGCAGGACCAGAUGAAGGCGAUGAUGGUGAUGAUGAAGAUGAUGCAGGACCAGAUGAAGGCGAUGAUGGUGAUGAUGAAGAUGAUGCAGGACAAGACGAAGGCGAUGAUGGUGAUGAUGAAGAUGGCUCAAAACCGAACGCUGUAGCAACCAAGAUGGGUCUUUCUGAAACUACAGCUUCCUCCCCUCUAGGGGUGCUGAAACACCCCGAUGAGCCGAUGAAGCAGGGAGGAGCGCAGGAAACAGAUUACUUGACAGAUCAUGAACCCACCGGCUCGACGGGGCUGGAACCCCUCAACUCGACCGGAGACAACGUGGAGGUCACAGGGACUGCAGCAGAUGUAACGAGACCUGGUGCCGUGGCAGACAUGAUGAGACCUGAUGCCAUGACAGACAUGGAGGUGUUGGGGGUGGUGAAGUGGUGA